CUGAAGUUGUAGGGGGAGCGAGGGUUAAAGGGUGGCUGCCAUUUCGAGCGCUUGUCAGAAAAGUCCCUACAGCUCAAAAACCUAUCCAAGAAAAUGUCCCAUUGUGGUUCUGAAGACACACAUGAUAGCAGCCGCAGCGUCGAUGAGAAGCAGUCGAGGAACUCCAUUCUAACUGAAUGGAUUGGCAUGGGGAGAAGCGGACCUCAAAUCACGGCUAAGCGGCAGCUUUGGUACUGUUUAGCCUUCACGAUGGUUUUACUUGCUCUGCUGUUUCGGCCAGCUCACUGCCAGCAGUGUCGAAUCCAGCGGUGCAAUGCGGACUACGUGGCUUCUACGUCACCUCCCAAUGGCGUACAGGAAGAAGUGGCUCUGGGUAUGAACUACUGCAUCGCCUUACGGGCCUACGCACUGUGCACCCGGCGCCAGGCACGCAGUUGCCGGGGCGACCUGGUCUACCACUCGGCCGUUUUUCGCAUCAAGGAGCUAUUCUCCCAGCACAACUGCUCCAGCGACGGCCCCACCUCCUCCGCCAAGGUGCCCAGCACGUCUCGGCCCGGGGUGUCGGAGCUCUGCGACUACGAGAACCGGGUCCUCUUGUCGGGCUCAGCGGGUCAGCAGAAGAAGUACGCCCACUGUGGAUUAUUUGGAGACCCGCACCUACGGACUUUUCGAGAUGAGUUUCAGACCUGCAAAGUGGAGGGGGCGUGGCCUCUGAUCGACAACCGCUUCCUGUCGGUGCAGGUGACCAACGUCCCCGUUGUCCUGGGCUCCAGUGCAACAGCAACCAGCAAGAUCACGGUGAUCUUCAAGACAUAUCAAGGCUGCACAGAGCAGAAGGUGUACCAGGCCACCACCGAGGACCUGCCUCUGGCCUUUCAGGACGGAACGCGGAGCGGCGGCGAGAGCAGCAGCCUGACCAUCAUGGAGCGAGGCGGCAGCUCCGGAGUGGGCCGACAGGUGAAGAUCCAGGCCCGCUACAUCGGCACCUCCAUCAUCAUCAGGCGCGUGGGCAGCUACCUGACCUUCGCCAUCCGCAUGCCGGAGGACACCCUGGACUUUUCCGAGGACAGCGGCGGCCUGCAGCUGUGCCUGCACGGCUGCCCGCGCAACGAGCUCAUCAAGGAGCACACGCUGAGCCGCCAGAGCCAGCAGCCCCGCCUGCAGGCCACAAACACAGAGCUGGGCCCUCUGCGGCCCCCCCACCAGGUCUACACGGUGGAGCGCGCUACGGCCAAGUGUAGAGAGACCCUGCAGGUGGAGGACGUGUACUUCCAGUCCUGUGUGUUUGACUUGCUGACUACGGGAGACCCGGAGUUCUCCAUGGCGGCGUACGGCGCUCUGGAGGACUUGAAGGCGCUGCCGCCCAGUAAGCUGAAGCAAAACUCUCCAAGGACUCCUCGGGUUUUAAACAGAGGAGCGACACAGACGCUGGCUGCAACGUCCAACGGCUCCUUGCUGCCACUCCUCCUUCUUACUCUGCUGCUGUUGUAAAAACUAAAAAAAAAAAAAAAAAAGAAGAAGACAUGGAAGCAUUACCAGCUUGAGGAAAGAGUGACUAUAUCCACGAUUUAUAGAUCUUUUAAUCAUCACAGGGGCGUGGGAGUGGUACUAUCAGGGUCUUCCAUUUUUCUCUGAAGGAUGUCAGUUUGAAAAGAUGACACAUUUCUGGGGGAUUUAUAGCAAUAUUGAGUAAUUUGAAGAAAUAAAAAAAAAAGAUGUUUUGCAUAAGGGCUUUUAUGAACAUUAAAUCCAGAGUUGUCUGAACUGACCUCAAAGUAAUAGAAACAGCUUUUUGUAAAUAUUUCAUUUUCCUGGCGAUGUUCUCAGCUCUUAAACACUCCACAUCGAGCAAAGUUGAAAAACACUCCAUUCGCCAUAUUUUUUAUAGACGAGCAAUGUUGCUUUCAAAUCCUGUUUAAUCCGGUUAUCUCAGUAGCACUUAAUGUAUUAGCAACAAUUGUUGAGAAUGGUUUUUUUUUUUUUUUUUUUAAAUGCUUUAAUCUGUUGUUCCACAAAUUGGCAUACAAACACACAGGAUCCAACAACUGAAUACGGAAAAAACUACCUAUCCUUAAGUAAUAUGUGAUUUUUCAACACUCCUCAUUCUGUGAAACACUCCCUCUUCAAGCUGUUCAGCUUCCAGUUUUAAAACAAAUCUUUAUAUAAUAAUAUAUUUAAAGAGUGUAUAUAUGUCUUUUAUAUUUUGUAAAUACUUUGUAUAGAUGUUUUAACUGUAAUAUGAUUUACAUUUGUUGUGUUUAAGUAGGUUACUUUGAGUUAUUGUAAGAAAAGUGAACUAAUAUGUGUUGUGCUGUAUCUUUAAUUAUCUGUAUUAAAGGGUUGAACACUCUAUAGUG